AUGGAGCAGCUCGGCCGGUGUCUCAACUUGUGCGAGAACCUCUCGCAGUGCGACCUCACGGGGGUCGGACUCACGGAUGAGCCGUGCAGAGCUUUGUUCUCCACCCUCAAAUUCAACGUGGUGCUGAACGAGCUAAACAUCUCCCGGAACCAGAUCAGCCCCACCGGCGCCGCCGCGAUCGCCGACACCCUCAAGGGCAACGGGGUCUUGACCAGCCUAAACCUCCAGACCAACUUCAUCCGCGACGAGGGCGGGGCCGCGAUCGCCGAGGCGCUGCAGGGCAACGCGGUGCUGACCGACUUGAACCUCUUCAACAACAAGAUCGGCCCCGAGGGUGGCGUCGCGAUCGGCAAGGCGCUCGCCGUCAACGGGGUAUUGACCGAGUUGCGGCUCGGCGUGAACGGACUCGGCGACAAGGGCGCCAAGGCGCUGGCCUCCGCUCUGCGCGUCAACGCGGUGCUGAAAAACCUCAACCUCGCCAACAACCAGAUCCGCGACCAGGGCGCCGCUGCGAUCGCGGAAGCGCUGCGCGGCAACGGGGUGCUGAAAACCCUUGACCUCCGCUACAACGUGUUCGGCUCCGAGGGCGCCGCCGCGAUCGCCGAGGCGCUGCGCGGCAACGCGGUGCUGACCGAGCUUGUGCUCGGCGACAACAACAUCGGCGACGAGGGCGCCAAGGCGAUCGGCGGCGCUCUCGCGGUCAACGGGGUGCUGAAAACCCUCAACCUCUACAACAACCGCAUCGGCAACGAGGGUGCCAAGGCGCUAGCAUCCGCUCUUCGCGUCAACGCGGUGCUGACCACCCUCAACCUCGGCAACAACAACAUCCGCGCCGAGGGCGCCGCCGCGAUCGCCGAGGCGCUGCGCGGCAACGCGGUGCUGAACAACAUCAACCUCCGCUUCAACGCUUUGGGCGAGGGGAAGGGAGCGAUUCGAGAUGCGGUGAGCGGGCGGGAAGGGGUGCUGAAAACUCUCUACCUCAACGGCAACGAGAUCGGCGACGAGGGCGCCAAGGCACUGGCUUCCGCUCUGCGCGUCAACGCGGUGCUGAAAAACAUCGACCUCCGCUACAACAGUUUGGGCGACGAGGGGAAGGGAGUGAUUCGAGAUGCGGUGAGCGGGCGGGAAGGGCUGAAGCUCGAGAUGUGA